UUGAAUUACAUACGGUUUUAGUGAUUUUCUAUUCAUACGAGUAGUUCCAAUUUUCUAAUAAUUGGAAAAUAUAUCAUUGUAAUUUUUGGUGCCUAUUUCAUAUUUUGAUCUUGAGUUUUUAUACCUCUUUAUAUAGGGAUAUUUAAAAGUAUGUCGAAUAUACAAACAUUGGUUGAUAUGGGAUUUCCCAAAGAAAAAGCCGAAAAGGCCUUGCAAAUGAAUGGCGAUUCUAUAGAAUCUGCUAUGGAAUGGUUACUAGCACAUGCAGAUGAAGAUAUUAGUCAAUCUACAACUCAAACAGAAAGCACUUCCGUCACAAAUACGGAACAAGAAGAAACUCAAGAAGGACAGCCAGAGGAAGGGGAUGCCCAACAAGCAAAAUCUUUGAAAUGUGAUGAGUGUAAUAAAUUGUUCCGUGAUCAAAAUGAAGUAGAAUUUCAUGCUGCAAAAACUGGUCAUAACAAUUUUUCUCAAUCUACUGAAGAGAAAAAGCCAUUAACUGAAGAAGAAAAAAAGGCCCAGUUAGCUUUAAUUGAGGAGAAACUUAAACAGAAACGAGCAGAAAGAGAAAAGCAAGAACGAAUAGACGAGGUGGAAAGAGAAAGAAAUAGAAUAAAAUCUGGCAAAGACAUGACUGAAGCUAAAAAGCGUUUAGAAGAAUUAGAAAUGCAAAAAAUAGUCGAGCAAAGAAAACGUGAGAAAGCCGAAGAAAAGGCUGCUAGGGAACGUGUACGUGCACAAAUUGAGGCUGAUAAAUUAGCAAGAAAAGCAAAAAUGGCAGCGGAACAAAACCAACCACCGCCAGAAGUACCACCGUUACAGCCGACAAUGUCCACACAAACUCAAAAGAAGGAAUAUUCCAAUACUAGAAUUCAAAUAAGAUUACAAGAUGGUGGUACUUUGACUGAAACUUUUGGAGUCAAAGAGCAGUUAUCAGCGAUAAGAACAUUUAUUCAAGUAAAACAAGGUGAUAUGUUACCAUUUGAUCUUAUGACCUCAUUUCCUCGAAAAGUUUUCACUGACGAUGAUUACGAAAAGCCUUUAGAAGUUUUGGGUUUGGUUCCUUCUGCUGUUAUAAUUGUUACAAAAGCUAAAUAGUUUCUUUUUUUUUUAAAUUCUUUAAGCAUAAUUCAAAUUUUUAUUCUUUCAAUGUGACUAUGUGCACUAUUCGGAAAUAAAAAUAAUUUAUAAAAUUUUGAGGGCA